AUUUGUUGGGGCCUUGGGCUUCACGAUCUGAGAGGAAGGAAAGAGAAGUACAGAGGAAGAAGAAAAGAGCGAUCGAAGGAUUCCAAUUUUCUGAUGCUUCUUGAACGAGAGCUACAGAGGAAGUUGCCAUGACAAGAACAGAGUGACUGCUUGAACAUCUCCUGAUAUUACCGUGGCGGCGAAUUCGAUUUCCGAGAGCUAAGGAGGACAUCCCCUGAUUCGACCAAUAACUGAAGGAAAACAUCUGAUUUGUACGUCGAGAAUCACGAAGAUCGUCUUUCGAUUUUCUGAUAGCAAGAAAGAAGCUGAAGGAACCUGACCUUUCCAGAUUUGUCCACGAGAAAGAAAAGAGAAGAGAGAACAACUAAGAACAACUCCAGCUGAUCGGGAGCAUUCUCAUCUUCAAAUCUGGAGACUCUCGAUAUUGACAGUUGAUCCAGCGAUGACGUCCUAGCUCCGGAAGACUUCCAGAACCCUAAAACCGACGAUGUUAGAAGGCAUAUCGGAUUGUGGAACCCAAACCCGACAAGAAUAAUGCACAGCGUAGCAUAUUUGCUGUCACCGUUGAUCUUUCUGUGACAUUCUUCUGGUAUACGAUUCCUCAAUUCGUCUUCUAUAUAACCGGAGCAACGAAAAUGAUGAAGAAUUGUUGAAAUUACGACAAUACUAUGCAUGAUAAAAGUCGAACCUUGCCGGUGGACCCAACCCUCCCGAGAUGGAUCUGCCAGAACUGUCAUCAGCAUCUGUGUAUAGUCGGCGUAGAUUCUUACGCCGACAAGUUCUCAAAUGAUUCCCCAUCUCGUUCCGGGAUUCAGAAUUCUUCUAUCCAUGGAACAACAAGUGUGUUAGGGCCUACGCGUAUGGAUCAGUCAUUUGUUGUUUUGCCAGAACAAAGAAAUCAAUCGGCGAAUCUACCUCCUCGACCUCGUGGCGGAGGAGUUGUGCAGCCUGAGACAAGCCAGGGUGGGAAGAUGAUGGAAGAGUCAUUUGUGGUGUUGCCUCCAACUGCUGCAUCAGUGUAUAAAACUGACUCUGUGUCUGAUCUCUCUGGAACCCAUUUGCCAACAGCUGAAGGUGGAACAACAAUCAAUCCUACUCAACACAAUGCUUCAGGAUUUAGUUCCACUAUAACUGUCCUGCAACGUGCAUUUGAUAUUGCCACGAGCCAGACACAGGUGGAGCAACCUUUGUGCCUGGAGUGCAUGAGGGUAUUGUCAGAUAAGCUUGACAAGGAGGUUGAGGAUGUGAAUAGAGACAUACAAGCCUAUGAGGCAUGCCUUGAACGCUUGGAAGGAGAGUCAAUAAACGUUCUUAGUGAGGCAGAUUUUCUUAAAGAGAAAUUAAAGAUUGAAGAAGAGGAGCGGAAACUUGAAGCGUCAAUUGAGGAAACAGAAAAACAGCGUUCAAAAGUGACGGCUGAAUUGAAGGAAUUAGAAACAAAGUCUACCCGGUUUAAAGAACUGGAAGAGAGGUACUGGCAAGAGUUCAAUAAUUAUCAGUUCCAGCUAACCUCUCACCAGGAAGAGAGAGAUGCUAUUUUGGCCAAGACGGAAGUUUCACAGGCACAUUUAGAGCUGUUGAAGAAAAGUAAUGUACUGAAUGAUGCCUUCCCUAUUUGGUAUGAUGCAGAAUUUGGAACAAUCAACAAUUUCAGAUUGGGAAGACUUCCUAAAAUACCUGUUGAGUGGGAUGAGAUAAAUGCUGCCUGGGGCCAAGCUUGCCUUCUCCUCCAUACAAUAACCCAAUAUUUCCGGCCCAAAUUUUUAUCUAGGAUAAAGAUUCUUCCCAUGGGAAGUUAUCCUCGCAUUAUGGACAGUGCCAACAAUACUUAUGAGUUAUUUGGUCCAGUAAACCUGUUCUGGAGCACACGAUAUGACAAGGCAAUGACAUUGUUCUUGGCUUACCUUAAGGACUUUGCUGAAUUUGCAAAUUAUAAGGACAAGGAAAAUAACAUCCCUCCCGAGAAAUGUUUCAAGCUGCCCUACAAGAUUGAGAACGAUAAAGUGGAGACCUAUUCGAUCACUCAGAGCUUCAAUAAACAAGAGAAUUGGACCAAAGCACUCAAAUAUACUCUAUGCAACUUAAAAUGGGUUCUCUAUUGGUUUGUAGGGAAUACAAAUUUCCAGCCUUUGUCUGUCUCGGGUGCUUCAUCGCGGGAAGUUCAAGCACCUGGUUCUUCUUCUCUGUACUCGCAGCAGCAACAGCAACGCCCAAAGUCUGAAUUUCGGAAUUUGUCAAAGUCCUGAUGAGAAUAUGUUUAUAUUUGAAAUUGAAAAUGACAGACAUGUAGAAAGAUCUGGAGUUGUAAUAUGAUUUAUUGCAUUGUCGAAGGUUGUCUGUCAAAUGCCAUUUAUGCUGUUUUGUGGUGUUUUACUAUGCUUUAGAUCAUUACAUCU